AUGACAACCAACAAAACACAAUGUUUUACAUGCAAUAAAGAUAAAAUAACAUAUCUUUGUGAUGGAUGUUUGAAAAACUUUUGUUUAAUGGAUUUAACAGAACAUCGUCAACUAUUAAAUGAAGAACUACAUUAUAUUAUUAAUGAUUAUGAUCAAUUUAAACAAAUAUUCAGUGAACAAAAACCCAGUUUGCGUGAUCUUUCAUUAAUAGAUCAAAUUAAUGAAUGGGAAAUAAAUGAAAUUAACAAAAUUAAACAAAAAGCCAAAGAUUGUAUAGAAGACGUCAUUAGAUCUUCACAAACAGUUUUGAAUGAUAUUGAAAUGAAAUUUAAUGAUUUGAAUGAACAAAUAAAACAAUUUCAUAAUGAAAAUGAAUUUAAUGAGAUUAAUUUAGAAUAUUUAAGAACUGAAUUAAUAAAAAUUAGAGAAGAAUAUAAUAAUCCACCAACGACUUUUAUUCAACCAGAUUCUCUACCAUUUACUGAUGAAAUUCUAGUUAUUUCAUUAGAAAAAAAAUCAAACGUCAACAAAUGGGAAGAAAAUGCCAUCACUGUGGCUGGUGGCAAUGGAGAAGGAAAAAAAUUAAAUCAAUUCAAUGGCUCUGGAGGAAUAUUUAUCGAUGAAAACAAAAAUAUUUUUAUUGCUGAUUAUCUGAAUCAUCGUAUUGUUGAAUGGAAACAUAAUGCAAAACGAGGACAAAUCAUUGCAGGUGGAAAUGGGGAAGGACAUCGACUAAAUCAAUUGAAUCAUCCAGCAGAUGUAAUUGUUGAUCAACAAAAUCAUUCGAUCAUCAUUGCUGAUCGUGUGAAUAGACGAAUAGUUCAGUGGGUGAAUCAAAAUCAACAAAUUGUUAUUGACAAUAUCGACUGUUUUGGCUUGGUAAUGGACAAACAUAGAUUUCUUUAUGUUUCAGAUUGGAAGCAGAAUGAAGUGAGACGAUGGAAAAUGGGUGAAUACAACAACGAAGGGAUCGUAGUAGCAGGUGGCAACGGAAAAGGAAAUGAACUCAAUCAACUCCAUUCUCCUACUUUUAUCUUUAUUGAUGAAGAACAAUCUCUUUACGUAUCAGAUAGAUACAAUUAUCGUGUGAUGAGAUGGAGAAGAGGUGCAAAAGAAGGAAUAGUUGUGGCUGGAGGAAAUGGCCAAGGAGGAAAUCUCAAUCAAUUGUCUUAUCCUUAUGGGGUCAUUGUUGAUGAUUUGGGUCAAAUCUAUGUGGCAGAUAGUGGAAAUAACCGAAUAGUGUGCUGGUGUGAAGGAAAAGAAGAAGGUGAAAUUGUUGUUGGUGAAAAUGGUAAAGGAAAUCAAUCAAACCAAUUGAAUCGUCCCUUUGAUUUAUCUUUUGAUAAUGAAGGAAACCUUUAUGUUGUUGAUUGUGCAAAUCAUCGAAUUCAAAAAUUUGAAAUAGUUUUGUAA